AUGGCGGAUUUUACACAUACAUUUGUCAUAGGACUUUCCACAAGAAACCCUGACUCAGACCACCAACUCUCCCCAGAACCCCAGACUCAGACCACCAACUCUCCCCAGAACCCCAGACUCAGACCACCAACUCUCCCCAGAACCCCAGACUCAGACCACCAACUCUCCCCAGAACCCCAGACUCAGACCACCAACUCCCCCAGAACCCCAGACUCAGACCACCAACUCUUCCCAGAACCCCAGACUCAGACCACCAACUCUCCCCAGAACCCCACACUCAGACCACCAACUCUCCCCAGAACCCCAGACUCAGACCACCAACUCUCCCCAGAACCCCAGACUCAGACCACCAACUCUCCCCAGAACCCCAGACUCAGACCACCAACUCUCCCCAGAACCCCAGACUCAGACCACCAACUCCCCCAGAACCCCAGACUCAGACCACCAACUCCCCCAGACUCAGACCACCAACUCCCCCAGAACCCCAGACUCAGACCACCAACUCUCCCCAGAACCCCAGACUCAGACCACCAACUCUCCCCAGAACCCCAGACUGAGACCACCAACUCCCCCAGAACCCCAGACUCAGACCACCAACUCCCCCAGAACCCCAGACUCAGACCACCAACUCCCCCAGAACCCCAGACUCAGACCAACUCCCCCAGAAACCCUGACUCAGACCACCAACUCCCCCAGAACCCCAGACUCAGACCACCAACUCCCCCAGAACCCCAGACUCAGACCACCAACUCCCCCAGAACCCCAGACUCAGACCACCAACUCCCCCAGAACCCCAGACUCAGACCACCAACUCCCCCAGAACCCCAGACUCAGACCACUAACUCCCCCAGAAACCCUGACUCAGACCACCAACUCCCCAGAAACCCUGACUCAGACCACCAACUCCCCCAGAACCCCAGACUCAGACCACCAACUCCCCCAGAACCCCAGACUCAGACCACCAACUCCCCCAGAACCCCAGACUCAGACCACCAACUCUCCCCAGAACCCCAGACUCAGACCACCAACUCUCCCCAGAACCCCACACUCAGACCACCAACUCUCCCCAGAACCCCAGACUCAGACCACCAACUCUCCCCAGAACCCCAGACUCAGACCACCAACUCUCCCCAGAACCCCAGACUCAGACCACCAACUCUCCCCAGAACCCCAGACUCAGACCACCAACUCCCCCAGAACCCCAGACUCAGACCACCAACUCCCCCAGACUCAGACCACCAACUCCCCCAGAACCCCAGACUCAGACCACCAACUCUCCCCAGAACCCCAGACUCAGACCACCAACUCUCCCCAGAACCCCAGACUGAGACCACCAACUCCCCCAGAACCCCAGACUCAGACCACCAACUCCCCCAGAACCCCAGACUCAGACCACCAACUCCCCCAGAACCCCAGACUCAGACCACCAACUCCCCCAGAACCCCAGACUCAGACCACCAACUCCCCCAGAACCCCAGACUCAGACCAACUCCCCCAGAAACCCUGACUCAGACCACCAACUCCCCCAGAACCCCAGACUCAGACCACCAACUCCCCCAGAACCCCAGACUCAGACCACCAACUCCCCCAGAACCCCAGACUCAGACAACCAACUCCCCCAGAACCCCAGACUCAGACCACCAACUCCCCCAGAACCCCAGACUCAGACCACCAACUCCCCCAGAACCCCAGACUCAGACCACCAACUCCCCCAGAACCCCAGACUCAGACCACCAACUCCCCCAGAACCCCAGACUCAGACCACCAACUCCCCCAGAACCCCAGACUCAGACCACCAACUCCCCCAGAACCCCAGACUCAGACCACCAACUCCCCCAGAACCCCAGACUCAGACCACCAACUCCCCCAGAAACAGACCACCAACUCCCCCAGAAGCAGCAGUCCUGCGCUAGAGACCCAUAA